CCCCUCCACCUGCAGUACCAACCCCACCCCUGCUCCCAGUUGUGCCUGCCCAGUUUACCCAGCAUGCCUCAGUCCGCCCCUCCGUUCUGGGGUCAGAACCCCCUGAAGGUCCCGCUGCUCUGCGGCUUUAAGAGGCUGAGCGCCGUGCCCAUGAUGUCAUCGAGAGUGGACGGCGAGGGGGCGGACCCUGCCGUAAGUGAGGAUGGGAUGGAGGACAGUGUGGAGGACUGGGACGUCGUCUACAAAGCCCCAUGUGGACAGAGUCUCCGUAACCAUGACGACGUGAUACGUUUCCUGUUGGCCACUGAGAGCUACGACAUCCUGCAG